CCUCCUCAAACCAGACAAGAGCCCUGCCAACACCCUAACAGUAUUUGGGGACAGCUGGAAAGUGGGGAAUGACCCUGGCUGCUCCAGCGACUGCGACGGCAAGAAGUGUCCCACCUGUGACCACAGCCUGAUGCUUGAUUACUAAACAGGGAAAUAUUGUGGCAGGAUAACAGACAAAAACGGUCCGCUCAAGCACUGCCACGCCAAGGUGGACCCCACAGAGUACUAUGAGGACUGUGUGUUUGAUAUGUGUCUGUACCGUGGCCAUGCCUCUGCCCUCUGUAACGCCCUCAGCACCUACACCACUGCCUGCCAGGAUGCCCCUGCCAAGGUGGAACAGUGGAGGUCGGACAGCUUCUGUCCAUCUUCCUGCAAGGUCAACAGCCACUAUGAGGUGUGUGCCUCAGGCUGCCCCCAGACCUGCAGUGGCCUCGAUGAGCCUGAGAGCUGUUGGAACUCCCUGUGCACCGAGGGCUGUGUCUGUGACGACGGCUUCAUACAGAGCGACAGCGAGUGUGUGCCGCUGGCUGAAUGUGGCUGCAUUCACCAAGGCCAGUACUACCAGAUGGGCCAGGUGUUCUUCCCCAGUGGCCAGUGCAAAGAGCGCUGUGUGUAA